UUGGGCUGCGCAACCCGGGAGGGCUGGGAGUCCGGGUAUCAGCUCCGCGCCCGGCCCGCAGGCCCCGGGGUCCGAGAACGCAGCUGGUGCCCACGGGGACCGCUGGGGGGUCCAGGAAAAAAAGACCGAGAAAGGACCCCGGAAGUCUGAAGGGGGACCGGGAGAGGGACAAGUAUCCGAGGGGGCUGUUUCCGAGACAAACCCUGCCAAGGAGCCCUCCAAUGUGAACACGCUCCUCGGGAGUUCGUUGGGGGUAGGACCCCCACUUCCCUUGCACCUCAGGUUUCCCGCCCACCGCCCCCGCGCGGUCCUGAGUUGAACUGUGGGUGGAGGAGGAGAUUCCGAACUGGUGCCGAAGCGCCCAGAUGCUGGCGAAGAUGGGGAGAAGAGCUGAGGCCAGAACUGAAGAGUGCUGAGGGCCGCACUCCCUCUCCCCCGGCCCCCAUCCCCGCCUUCACCAUGUUCCAGGAUGCCGGAGCAGCCCAGGCCACCACCUCUCAUGAAGCCAAGAGCAGCCCUAGCGGCAGCACAGUGCAGCGGUCCAAGUCCUUCAGUCUUCGGGCACAGGUGAAGGAGGCUUGUGCAGCUUGCCAAAAAACCGUGUACCCCAUGGAGCGCCUGGUGGCCGACAAGCUGGUCUUCCACAACUCCUGCUUCUGCUGCAAGCACUGCCACGCUAAGCUGAGCUUGGGAAGCUACGCCGCGCUCCAUGGAGAGUUUUACUGCAAACCCCACUUCCAGCAGCUGUUUAAGAGUAAAGGCAACUACGACGAGGGCUUUGGCCGAAAGCAGCACAAGGAGCUCUGGGCCCACAAGGAAGUGGCCAGCGGCACCAAGACGGCCUGAGGCCCUCGGACGCCCUCUCCCAGCCCCGAUCCCGGCGCCCCGGGCGGGGUGGGAAGGGGGAGUUUGGGAAAGACUGAUUGGGGGGAGGAGGGAGGACACCCGCCCGGACUAGCUGUCUUUAGCAGGGGGAAGGGGGCGCCUCACCCCAACUUGGCUGACUCCCCGCCCUUCCCUCAGUAGGCCUCGGAGGAGCGGGCCCCAGGGAAGGAUUUCCCCCUAUCUUGGUGCCUUCUCUCCAGCUGGGAGUCCGCCGGCGCCGCCACCUCCUCCAGGGCCCUGGGCUCCCCACUGCCGACGCGGCCCGCGCCCCCUCUCCCCUCCCAUCUACCUCUGUCCACACCCUGGUUCUGAGUUACCGCCGAGACACCUGGGAGAGCGGAGAGGCGAGGGGGCCACCUGUUGGCUAGUAAAGCACAAUGCUGAUGCCUGGCGAGCGGCGGUGGGGGGAAGGCAGAGGCAGCCUCCAGAGGGCCCGACCCUCCUCCGCUGCAGACCCAGGGAGAGCCUGGAGCCGGGUGUCCUGGCCGGGUUGUGAACCCUAAAGACUGGUUGUGGGACCAAAGUGGCCAGUCCCCUUCGCCCCUUCCGCCCCCGCUUCUCUGGCCCAUCUUGACUGUUGUGAUACUAUUUUAAACAUGUGCCCAAGA